GCGUUGACCGUCGAGAUGCCGAGUUUGUUGAGAUCGCGGAGCAAGUGCAGCAUCGUUGCAGUGCUCCUGGUUAUCGUGCUUCAGGUGGACAGAUCGUCGGCUUUUCCACAAUCCAAAAAAUCCAUUCCCAAUGGGAGUCCCUUUCCAAGUUCUCCUGGGAAUGGUGGCUACUGUGCUGCCUCCCUCUGUGAGUUGUAUAAUGGAACGCAUGUGGUGCAAGUGCCGCACAUAGCUUGUGGCAAUAAUGGAAGCUUUGCGCCAGCCUGUGGUCCGGAACCCAAGCUCCUGGAGAUGAGCGAACGAAGGCGUCAACUGCUCCUCGAUAUGCACAAUUUGGCCCGCUCCAAGAUCGCCCUGGGUGACCUGGACGGCUACCUGAGUGCUGCGCGGAUGCCGCUCCUUCGCUGGGACACGGAACUGGAACGGAUGGCCGCCCUCCAUGCCCGACGCUGCCAGUUCGCCCACGACAAGUGCCGCAACACGCCCCGGUUCCCUUUCAGUGGUCAGAACAUCGGUUACUUCUGGAUCGGACGCGAGUUCAAGUCACACUCCAGGCGGAUGAAGUCCUUUGUGAUCAACUGGUUCCGAGAGUAUCAGGACGCCAAUCAGACCUACAUCGAUAGCUAUCAUCCACAUCCUCAGGGAAAAAAGAUCGGACACUUUACCCUUUUGGUUUCCGAUCGAGUUCAGCGCGUCGGUUGUGCCGGAGUUCGUUUUUUGGAGGCGAAGACUAAUCGCUACCAAUUCAUGCUGACCUGCAACUACGACUUCAACAACAUCUUCAACGAACCCAUUUACCGAACGGGUCCGGCGGGGUCCAAAUGCGAUCAGCACCGGGUCAGUGAGAAGUUCCCAGGACUCUGCGAUUGGCGGGACGCCUCCAACGACAACGAGAGUGAGGAAAGUGCCGAGGAUGGCAACGCCUUAGACAACAACAUUCCCUUAUAGAAGGUGGAUACCCUUUAAAUUGUAAUAUAAUACUAGGAUACUCCCUUAUAAUAAUUUACAAGAUUCCCUUUUUUUUUGUUACCAUUUAAGAAAAUUCAAAAUUUAAAAAGUACAUUAGCCAUCGUUGUUGUUCAAAAGGUGCAUCUUUACAGCUGUGGUUGUUGUUAAAAAUAUACAUAGAUAUAGAUUGGUUAAACUCAUUAAAUAAAAGCUUAGUUCUA